AAGAAAGUAUAAAUGUCGGUAAUAUAAUUUGAAAACUGAGUUAACCUAUUUGUGCUUAAAUAUAUAUUUUUUCUGUUUAUUCAUUUGAACUGUUUAAUAAUAUUUGUCCCUUUUUAAGUUAUUGUCCAGUAAAUUAUAUAUUUGUUUGUUCAAAGAGUUGUCUGGAGUCCGUUCUUCUAAUAUGGAACUAUAUAUAUAUACAUGGUAAAGUUAGGGUAAUAUAUCAUUAACCCAAUAUAGGUAAACCUUUGGGGUAGCUACCUUAAAGAACCGAACCCUAACACCCCAUUAUUCCUGUCUGAAGUAAGUUUAUUGCAGCUUGGGCAUUGUAGGGAGUGUGGGGUGCUACAUAAAUUGGAGGCACCGCUGGGAUUAAUUUAGUUUCAUAUUAGCUACUGACCCAGACAACUAAAGAUUAGCUAAGGGUGAUAAGCAAGACGUUUCAGAAGGGAAUACUUUAAGUUUGCUAAAUAUUUGGCGGUAAUAGGUUUAAGUGAAAAGAUAACACGGUUUGCCACCUUAACUUGCCUUGGUAUUUAGUUAACUCUGCAUUGUAUUUAACAGUGAUUUUUCUGAGUUCAGGUUAGCUUACAUAAAAGCCUCUAGAGCAGCAAAGGCUCAGUUAAACAGUAGUGAAGGUACCAGACAUAUGGCACAAAUGACACAACUACGGCACUGGUGCAAAGGAGAAGGCAUUAACCCGUCACAUGCCAUCCUGGUCAAAGAUGUCCCAGAAGACACUGAAGUGGAUCUCGUUGAAACAACUCUACAGUCCAUAAAAGCUCUUGGGCGUGUUAGGGUCAGAGGAAGGAUGUAUGAUCCUCAGGGUCAAAGCCUAACUGUGCUAUGUGAGUGCAAAGAGGAAGUCAACACAAAAACCAUCCCUCCGAAUGUGUUACCUGAAGGCAGUGAUUUGCCAUGGAGGAUUUUUGGACCUGCUGAAGAGGAAAUUGUAUCCACUGAUACGCAAAGCACGACUAUUACGCCAGAGCAGCAACAAGUUCCUGGUAUGAGUUUUCCGCUCCAAGCAUCCACACCUGAAGCUAUUAUUAGAGCGGUGGGAGAUAUCAUGCAGAGAACAUCCAAGUCUGCCAGUGACAGUAGCUCAUUCCGAAGGCUGCGAACCUUCUCAGGAGUCAUCCCCACACCUUCUGGUGAAGAGCAGUUGGAUAACUGGAUAGAGCAAGCUCGACUAAUGAUAGAGGAGUGUGAUCGACCAGACCGAGAAAAGAGGAUGAAAAUAAUGGAGAGUGUGAAGGGCCCUGCACUAGAGAUCCUGCAAGCUGUUCGUUUUAACAACCCAGAGGCGACUCCUCACGACUACAUUGACGUGAUAGAGAAUACUUUUGGCACCCCUGAAACUGGUGAGGAGCUCUACUUUGCCUUUAGAAUGCUGUGUCAGCACCCACAUGAGAAGCUUUCAGCAUUUCUAAGACGGAUGGAGAAACUUCUGAAUAAAGUGAUACAGAAGGGAGGCUUGCCAUCUACUUCUGCAGAUAAGGCGCGGCUAGACCAACUCAUUAAAGGAGGCACCAGAGCUGACAUGAUGCUCUUAAACCUUAGACUAAGGGAGCGAAGAGCUAAGCCACCCACAUUCCUACAGUUGUUAAGUGAGAUCCGCACUGAAGAGGAGUAUGAAGCUUCCCGGCACAAGUUGAACCCAACUAAACCUGUGCAUGUUAAGACUGUUAUGACACCAGCAGAAGCAGAAAUAAAAGAUCUCAGAGCUGAGGUACAAGAGUUAAAAUCACAAGUAACAGAGAUCACAGCCUGCUCAACCAAGCCAUCUUCUCAAUCUCAUGCCCCAGAGUUUGUAGUUUCUCCCGAGGCAGAGGCCUCAAUGGAAGAUAAAGACAUACAAGCCUUAAAGAAAGAAGUAAAAAGACUGAGAAAGCAGGUCUCUAUCAUGUCAGUCAAACCAGCAACUGAGGCCUAUGAAGCCCGACCCAGCCAAGGUUUUCCAGCCAUUAACCAGCAGAAAGGCUCAUUUCAAAGACCCUCAAGUGACUUUUUCUGCUACCGCUGUGGUGAAGAGGGGCAUGUAGCGACAAAAUGCAGUGCUCCAGAAAAUCACCAAAAAGUGAUACAAAAGUUGAUCAGGGCUCAACGACAACUGAGGGGAAGUCAGUUAGUAAAAAGUGUGACCACACCUGCAGCAGACACCCAUGAUGCCAACGUGAGGAAAAGUACAGCACAUGUCCAGACUGAUCAUCUACCUGAAGGACUAGUAGGGCCACCCUCCACCGCCUGUGUAAAAGUGGAGGGGAAAUCAUGUACUGCUCUCCUGGAUAGCGGCUCACAAGUGACGAUCAUCUUUGACAGCUGGUACACCAAGCAUCUGACACAUGUACCCAUACAUCCAGUCAGUGGUCUCAACCUUUGGGGACUAAGUGAAGCAGAAAGCAGCUAUCCUUACAGAGGCUAUAUUCAAGUGAAAUUAGAGCUACCCAAGAAGAAACCUGGCAAAAUCAGGUCAGUUCCUGUUCUUGCUUUAGUGUGCCCAGAUCCUCGUUGUUCAGACAACAUUCCCGUCCUGGUUGGCACUAAUGUGAAAAAAGUGAGACCGUUCACGCCCAACAAAGAAGUUGUGGAGACAGGUAACAUCUGGUCAGCGCGAGCAUGUGUUACAGAGCAGAAAGCCAUACCUUUAUCAACCACCUCACCUCUCAAAGUCAAUCCUGAUGACCAUCAAGUAGCUGACGUGAAGUGGUCUGGCCCUGGUCCUCUUGUCAUUCCUGCUGGCGGAAAGUAUAUUGCUACCUGUAAGGUUAAAGAGAAACACAGAGUGGAAGAUAGUAUCCUCAUCUCCGAACGUGCUCCCUCCCCUGUUCUCCCUCCAAGUGUGUUUGUACAGCCAACUGUUCUGUUCGCGAAAGACCUAGACAAGGACAAGUUUCUGGUGCUGAUGCGGAAUGAGUCACUAAAGCCCACCUCCAUUCCCAUGGGUUCAGUGAUUGCACAUCUGUAUGUGGCUGAUAUGGUGACCGAGGUCCCAUAUACAAAGACUGAAACACUCCCAAAGAUUGAUCCCUCACUGUUUGACUUGGGAGAUUCUCCCAUUUCGGAAGAGUGGAAAGAACGACUAAGACAGAAACUUUCAGAGAGGUCCAACGUGUUCUCAACCACUGAAUGGGACGUUGGCUUAGCCAGCGGAGUGGAACAUCGAAUACGGCUAAAUGACAGUACUCCAUUUAGAGAAAGAUCUCGUCGUGUGUCACCUUCUGAGCUGGAUGACCUGCGACGCCACAUUCAAGGACUUCUGGCAGCAGGGAUAAUAAAAGAAUCAAGAAGUCCAUAUGCUUCGCCUAUCGUCUUAGCACGAAAGAAAUCUGGAAAAUUGAGAAUGUGUGUGGACUAUCGAACAUUGAACCGAAGAACAAUCCCUGAUCAGUACACUGUGCCACGAAUCGAUGAUGCAUUGGACUGCUUAGCUGGAAGCAAGUGGUUUUCAGUGUUGGAUUUACGCAGUGGUUAUUACCAGAUCCCGAUGGCAGAAGAGGAUAAAGAGAAAACUGCCUUCAUAUGUCCUGUGGGAUUUUACCAGUUUGAGAGGAUGCCGCAGGGGAUCACAGGUGCGCCGGCAACUUUUCAAAGGCUUAUGGAGAAGGCUGUGGGCGACAUGCACAUGCUGGAGGUCAUAGUGUACUUGGACGAUCUGAUUGUAUUCGGAAAAACUUUGGAAGAACACGAACAAAGACUCCUCAAAGUGAUCGACAGAUUGGAAGAAACUGGUUUGAAGUUGUCAAUAGACAAAUGUCAGUUCUGUCGGCCACAAGUAACCUACGUGGGACACAUUGUGUCAGAGAAUGGAAUUGCCACAGACCCUGCCAAAGUUGAAGCGGUAGCCCAUUGGGAACAGCCCACUGAUCUCAAGUCUCUGCAGUCUUUCCUAGGGUUCUGUGGGUACUACCGUCGCUUCAUAAAAGACUACUCUAUCAUAGUCAGACCUCUUACUGAACUUUGCAAGGGUUAUCCUCCAACCCAGAAGACAAGGAAAGCUGUGAAGGUACCCAAUAACACCUACUACAAAGUAAGUGAACCAUUCGGAGAAAGGUGGAGUCCGUCAUGCAUGGAAGCCUUCAAUAAAAUCAUUAAAUGCCUGACGGAUGCACCUGUUUUGGCAUUUGCUGACCCAAACAAGCCAUAUGUGCUACACAUAGAUGCCAGUUUUAAGGGCUUAGGGGCUGUGUUAAACCAGGAACACCCAGAAGGACUAAGACCAGUCGCCUUCGCUAGCAGAAAGCUAAGUUCAUCUGAGAAGAAUUAUCCAGUGCAUCAGCUUGAAUUCCUGGCACUCAAAUGGGCAGUGGUCGAUAAGUUCCAUGAUUAUCUGUACGGAGCAAGUUUUACUGUGAGGACGGAUAACAAUCCCCUGACGUAUAUUCUCACAACUGCCAAGUUAAACGCUACUGGACAUCGUUGGCUUGCUGCACUCUCCACAUACACGUUUACUCUCCAGUACCGACCAGGAAGUAGCAACAUUGACGCUGACUCAUUAUCACGCAACCCCUUGUCAAAUAAUGUUGAGUGGCAAAACAUUCCAUCUGAAAGUGUCAAAGCUCUUUGUAAACAGAUCAGCAUUGAAAAGCCAGCUGGGGAGUCCCGCAACUGUGCAGAGCCAUUAGGGGUUUCCCCUGAAGCUAUUCCUGAGUGCUAUGUGUUUCCUACCCGUUUGGAUUUUGGUUGUCUGACCCAGAUAAGUAAGAAGGACCUCAUAAAAGCACAAGAUACUGAUGCUGUAAUAUCUCCUGUGAAAAGAGCGGUCAGAGAAGGGUCCCCCAUUCACUCAGUUAAGGGCGAUGAUCCCAGAGUCACACUGCUGCUGAGGGAGGCAACCAAGUUGUUGAUAGCUGAUGAGCUGCUCUACAGAGUAACCGAGAGACCUUCUGGUACAGAGGUGCACCAACUUGUCCUUCCCAAGGAAUAUGUUUCUAUGGUACUCCAAUCCCUCCACGACGAGUCCGGGCAUCUGGGAGUGGAUAAGACAAGUGAACUCGUCAGAAACCGUUUCUACUGGCCUAAGAUGCAAACAGAAGUGGAGCAGUACAUCAAAAACUGUGGCAGAUGUGUUACACGAAAGACACCACCUCAGAGAGCUGCACCUUUAAACCAAAUAAGCAGUAAAGGCCCACUGGAUCUGGUGUGUAUUGAUUUUCUGUCCCUUGAACCAGAUUCCCAGGGAUUGGCUAACAUCCUUGUUGUGACUGAUCAUUUUACCAGAUAUGCUCAAGCUUUUCCUGCAAAAGACCAAAGAGCUUCAACAGUAGCAAAGAUUUUGUGUGAGAAAUACUUUGUACACUAUGGACUCCCUGCGCGGAUACAUUCCGAUCAAGGGCGGGAUUUUGAAAGCAAGUUGAUCCAAGACCUCCUGAGAAUGUUGGGAAUCCGUAAGUCCAGAACGUCACCAUACCAUCCUCAGGGGGAUCCACAACCUGAAAGGUUCAAUCGCACCCUUCUAUCUAUGCUUGGAACUCUGGAACCAAAUCAGAAACAGAAAUGGAGUCAGAACAUCAGUCAUUUGGUGCAUGCCUACAAUUGCACCAGAAAUGAGGCAACUGGCUACUCACCUUAUUUGUUGAUGUUCGGAAGAGAAGCCCGUCUACCGGUGGACAUCUGUUUUGGAGUGUCUGAGGGAAGUGGAAAGAGUGUGACCUACCAGCAGUAUGUUACUAAGUUGAAAGCAGAUCUUCACAAAGCUUAUCAACUCGCUACUGAAGCUGCUGAUAAAAAUCACCAGAGGAACAAAAGAGCCCAUGACAAACUGGUGAAAGACCAAGUCUUGGAAGAAGGAGAUCGGGUUCUGCUGAGGAACUUUGGUGUCACUGGAAAGCACAAGCUGAAAGAUAAAUGGAGAUCAAUGCCAUACAUUGUCGUUGGAAGGAUGCCCAAUCUUCCAGUCUACCAAGUGAAACCAGAAAGAGGAACAGGAGUUGUGAGAACAGUGCACCGCAAUCAUCUGUUACCUAUUGGCUAUCUAGUGAGACUAUCUGCCGCUAGUGAAGAGCCACAGCUGCCUCGCAGGCCUGUAACAAGGACACAGCAAGGGCAAGCCCAAUGCCCACCACAGGUUGUCGACAAUGAGGAAACUACACUCUCUUCAGAAUCUGAUGAUGAGGAUGUGAACCCACCACGACCCCUAGCCGUGGACUGGGGAGAUUUGUUGUUGCGGCCAGAGUUUGUCCCAACACAGACUCAGACUCAAGUCCUUGAUGCGGUCCCAGAUGCUCCACCAGCUGGAAAUAUUGCAGAAGUUGACCCAAGUCAAGAUACCGUCAACAUUCCAGAUGCUAAUCUGCCUCACACCCUUGAUCCAGAAGGAGACAAUGAGUUAGAAGAUAGAGCAGAUGUAACUGUGGAUGAAGGAGAUUACCUUAUAGGUGAACGUUCCAAGAGGGUGACGAAACCAGUGAUUCGUCUGAGUUAUGAUGAGCUUGGAAAGCCUUCUGACCAGCCUUUGACUGUACUAAGCCAUGGUGUAUUUGUGGGAAGCGGCAUCUACAGAGACUUAAGAUGUCAUCCAUGCCGGACUGUCUGGUGCCAUGCUAUGGCCUUAUGUCCUGACUGUCAAAGUUCCAAUACUCCUAGUCAGUAUAAGCAGAUUCAAGUUAUCUAAAAUAUAAUUUGAUGAGGACAUCAAAUCUUUUAGAAGGGGGAGAGUGUAGCCCUAGUAUAAAUCUAAGGGAUUUAAACCAGUUAGUUUCUACCUAAGUCAUAUGUAGGAAAGAAAAAGUUAGUUAUGCAGGUAAACUGAAAGCCAUUUAGUUUAAAUGAGAAUCCCAAAAAGUUGUAACUGAGAGCUUUAAACACUUAAGUUCUACAGUAAGUAAAGUUUUGCAGGAUGUUUAAAGUUAGGAGUUAAUAUACAGUAUUCAAAAUAGUUUAUAACAUUAGCAGAGGUGUAAACUGAACAAUAUUUAUACGUACUGCCCUUUAGUUGGAAAUGUGUUAUACUGAUUGGCCAGUUUUGUUGUCAGUCAAUGUUGUCUGUGGUGAAUGGUUGUGAGUGAGGAAGUGAACGUGUGAGGGAGGGGUUGUUGUUUUUUUUGAGAACGGAACGUUGGAGAGACGUCGAGGGGAGACGGGCCGGAGACGCACGGGAGAGAGACGCACGAGAGAGAUACACGAGAGAGACGGUAGAGAGAGAAUUGCAAAAAGAGACUGAGAAACAUUGAGCGACACGAGAAAAGUAGCUUAGAGGAUAUGUGAGUGGACUGACGACGGUGUAGCGGAGUACAUUACUGCACUUCUCUUGUCCGACUGCAGUGCUAGCUAGUGUGCUUGCUAACCAUGGGAGCUAACGGCAGGGAGUUCCUGUUUCCGAGGACGUUUGACUGCAACCUGAGAGGACGGCGGUGUGUAUCCUGCGGAGGAGGACGUUGCUGGAUUGAGAGUUUUUCCGUGUUCGUGGUGGGACAGUGUU